AUGAGAGAGCCGGCGCUGGCGGCCAGCGCCAUGGCUUACCACCCGUUCCACGCGCCACGGCCCGCCGACUUCCCCAUGUCCGCCUUCCUGGCGGCGGCGCAGCCUUCCUUCUUCCCGGCGCUCGCGCUGCCGCCCGGAGCGCUGGCCAAGCCGCUGCCCGACCCCGGGCUGGCGGGGGCGGCGGCCGCAGCCGCGGCGGCAGCGGCAGCGGCUGAGGCGGGGCUGCACGUCUCGGCACUCGGCCCGCACCCGCCCGCCGCGCAUCUGCGCUCGCUCAAGAGCCUGGAGCCGGAGGACGAGGUGGAGGACGACCCCAAGGUGACGCUGGAGGCCAAGGAGCUGUGGGACCAGUUCCACAAGCUGGGCACGGAGAUGGUCAUCACCAAGUCCGGGAGGCGAAUGUUCCCCCCUUUCAAGGUGCGAGUCAGCGGCCUGGACAAGAAGGCCAAGUACAUCCUGCUGAUGGACAUUGUGGCCGCUGAUGAUUGCCGCUAUAAGUUCCAUAACUCGCGCUGGAUGGUGGCGGGCAAGGCCGACCCCGAGAUGCCCAAACGCAUGUACAUCCACCCAGACAGCCCGGCCACGGGGGAGCAGUGGAUGGCCAAACCCGUGGCCUUCCACAAGUUGAAGCUGACUAACAACAUCUCCGACAAGCACGGCUUUACCAUCCUGAACUCCAUGCACAAGUACCAGCCGCGCUUCCACAUCGUGCGAGCCAACGACAUCCUGAAGCUGCCAUAUAGCACCUUCCGCACCUACGUGUUCCCCGAGACCGACUUCAUCGCGGUCACUGCCUACCAGAACGACAAGAUCACUCAGCUGAAGAUCGACAACAACCCGUUUGCCAAGGGCUUCCGGGAUACCGGGAACGGCCGGCGGGAGAAAAGGAAGCAGCUGACGCUGCCGUCCCUGCGCUUGUACGAGGAACACUGCAAGCCGGAGCGCGACGGCGCCGAGUCGGAUGCCUCGUCUUGUGACCCUCCCCCCGCACGGGAACCACCGCCCUCCCCGGGCGCAGCGCCCAGUCCCCUGCGCCUGCACCGGGCCCGAGCCGAGGAGAAGUCGUGCGCCGCGGACAGUGACCCAGAGUCCGAGCGGCUGAGCGAGGAACGCUCCCGGGCGGCGACAGGCCGCAGCCCGGCUCCGGACAGCGCCAGCCCCCCUCGCUUGAGCGAACCCGACCGCGCCCGGGAGCGGCGCAGUCCGGAGAGGGGCAAGGAGCCGGCCGAGAGCGGCGGGGACGGCCCGUUCGGCCUGCGGGGCCUGGAGAAGGAGCGCGCCGAAGCCCGGCGGAAGGACGAGGGGCGCAAGGAGGCGGGCGAGGGCAAAGAGCCGGGCCUGGCGCCGCUGGUGGUACAGACAGACAGUGCGUCCCCCCUGGGCGCCGGACACCUGCCCGGCCUGGCCUUCUCCAGCCACCUGCACGGGCAGCAGUUCUUUGGGCCGCUGGGGGCUGGCCAGCCGCUCUUCCUACACCCAGGACAGUUCGCCGUGGGACCCGGCGCCUUCUCUGCCAUGGGCAUGGGUCAUUUGCUGGCCUCGGUGGCAGGCGGCGGCGGCAAUGGUGGAGGCGGCGGGCCCGGGACCGCCGCGGGGCUGGACGCAGGCGGGCUGGGUCCCGCGGCCAGCGCAGCAAGUUCCGCCGCGCCCUUCCCGUUCCACCUCUCCCAGCACAUGCUUGCAUCUCAGGGAAUCCCAAUGCCCACUUUCGGAGGCCUCUUCCCCUAUCCCUACACCUACAUGGCAGCAGCUGCCGCAGCUGCCUCAGCUUUGCCGGCCACCAGUGCUGCCGCCGCCGCUGCUGCUGCCGCCGCGGGCUCCCUCUCCCGGAGCCCCUUCCUGGGCAGUGCCCGGCCCCGCCUGCGCUUCAGCCCCUAUCAGAUCCCAGUCACCAUCCCGCCUAGCACUGGCCUCCUCACCACCGGUCUGGUGGCCGAGGGCUCCAAGGCUGCGGGUGGCAACAGCCGGGAGCCCAGUCCCCUGCCCGAGCUGGCUCUCCGCAAAGUGGGGGCCCCAUCCCGUGGUGCCCUGUCGCCCAGCGGCUCAGCCAAGGAGGUGGCCAGUGAACUGCAGAGCAUCCAGAGACUGGUGAGUGGGCUGGAGAGCCAGCGAGCCCUCUCCCCCAGCCGGGAGUCACCCAAGUGA